AUGAUUGAGAGUCGAACCAAAAAAGUCUCGUCAAGCAGGAAUAAACCGAAGACAGAAACAAAUGAAGAUCUCUCAGAUAAGCGAUUGCAACCUGCAAAGGAUCAAGAUGAUGUUAUAUUAAUGGAGAAAACUCAUCCACCAACUACAGUACAAUCGACGUUCCAGUCCAGAGAAGCGAGUCAGGAAGCUAAACAAAUUCAACGUGGUCGUCAGAGAGCGCUAGAAGGUGAUUAUCGUACCGCUGUAGCUAUUUUCAAUGCAAUAUCACCUGCCACUUUGCAAUCGCUGUAUUAUUGUGGAUGUGCUCGUCUUGAGCUAGGUGAUUACAUUGAAAUUCAUCGUGCCAUUGGAGAUUUUGAUCAAGCAUUGGAAUUUCCAUCCCAGUAUUCUGAUGGUAGAGUAAAUUACAAACGCGCCUUUGCCUAUCAAUUAAUCGGCCGAUAUACUGAAGCUCUCAUUGAUUAUACUACUUAUAUUCGAUGCAAUCAGAAUGAUACUCGUGUUCAUAAAGGAUAUUUAAGUCGAGGUCUCGUGUAUAGCGAGAUUAAACAACACGAAAAAGCAUUGAGAGAUAUUACAGAUGCAAACAAUCUAUGCUCUCAAUCAAUCAAAUAUUACAUAUACUGUUUGGCACGAGCCCAAAUGUCUGACAACCAGUAUAAGGAAGCUCAGACAACAUUUGAUAAAUUGAAAGAGAUAUGUCAUAAUGAGUGUGAUUCAGUAACAGUAACAUUUCAUAGUUAUUUUUAUUAUGGUAUCGCUGAGUAUGAAUUACAUGAGUAUUCUGACGCUUUGGAACAUUUCAAUCAAGCCUUGCAGUGUGCGUUGAAAAAGAAGGAUCAAAUCGAAACUUUAUUCUAUAUUGGUUUAACUCACUAUGCCUCUGGUAAAGUUGAUCUUGCCAAAAAAAUGUUUGAAGAUAUACUCAAACAAGAUGGAAGUUAUACAAAAGCUUUAUUUCGUCUUGGGAUGUUGCAUAGUCACGAUGAUGACGGGCAUUCCCAAGCAUUAUACUAUUUAACAAGAACUCAUCAACUAGUUCCACAUCGAUCAGACAUAUUAUACGAACGAGGAGAACUGCAUUAUAAAAUGGGUGAAUUGAAUGCGUGUAUUCGUGAUAAACGACUGGCGUUGCAAUUGGAACGAAUGGACACUGAUUUGUCUACUCUGAAACAUUAUUAUGAGUUCUUAAUAGAACAAUUUUCAUCCAUGGAGAAGACUCAAUCCAAUUUAUCACAUGAAUGCUAUCUUAUUAAUGCUUUACUACUGGAUCAAAAAUUUAGAUUAUCACAAGAUCUAAACAGUGAAUCAAUGCCUAAGAAAACAUAUUGUAAAAUAAUGCAUUUUUGCGAACAAGCAAUCGGCAAAGGUCGAAACGAUAUUCAUUCAGGUCUUUCUUUCGCUGUUCUUUGCACUUUACACAAAAAUCAAAAACAUGCUGCAGCAGCCAUGACCAAUCUCGAUCAAUUCAACGAUGCACUUGAUCAAUCUCCUGAGAUUGAGAAUGCUUGGCAACAUAUAUUAGAUGAAGUACGAGAAUUUAAAGAGAAGCAAACGACUACACUACCAGAAAAGUUCGAAAAUAUAUUUCAAAUGAACAGUGAAGAAAUGAAAAACUUACUAGUCUCACUUUUAGUGAGCAAAUUGGUUGACUUACAAAAGAUGAAUACUAAUCGACAUGAAAUUAAACUUGAUGAGCAGCUUUUUAUUAAUGACGUAAAUAAUAAUCGAAAAAUCUUCUAUACAAAGAUGCGAUCGUCUCUUUCGCAUAAAUUUACGGCAAUGGCAGUUACAAGUGGAGAUGGUGAUAAUGAGCCUAUAGUGAAACAUGAUCGAACAGGUACUGAAUCGAAUAUAGCCGAUGGUUUAGGAUUACUAAGUGAUAUCAUAGGUGGCGUGAUACCCGUAGGCAACACAGUUGUCAGUACAGCAGCAAAGGGAAUAAGUUCUCUCCUAAAGAAGCAUGAAUACGACAAAUAUCAAACAAGAAUAUCAAGUCUUAUCGAAGAUCGAGAUAUUUUCGAAUUGACUGAUUUAGCACGUCGAAUAGCUCGUGAACUUGCUGAUCGUUAUGAAGAACAACUGUUACGGUUAAAAUCAAAAUUCGAUGAACCACCCACAUUUUGUCGAUAUUGUCUCCGUAUAUGUCGUUGUUUUCGUCGUAAAAACAAAGUUGAUGAUUCAAGUGAAACAAAACAAUUGUCGAUUGAAUCUCCUUCGAGAUACGUUGCUCAAUUUGGUGUUGCAUUCGUAGUGCAAACAAUUCUUGACAAAAACAGCGAAGACAUCAAAAUUUUCUCUGGCAUCGAGACAAAUGAUCUUGCUAAAAAUCUAGUUGAACUAAUCUGUUGUGCAAAGCCUAAUUUAACUUCGAAAGUCCUACGACGAAUGAACUUACAUGAAUAUAAAAAUUUACCAUAUACACCAUUGAGUAAUAUGAAUACUGACGAAAAUUUGUCUCCAUGGUAUCUUUACGAUUUCUAUCAAAAACCAGGUAUUUCCAUUCGAAAUGAAAAUGGUGAGAUUGUUCCUCAAAAUCCUUUAUCUUGGAUGGAUGCUAACUUGUAUGGUUAUCGAUUGGGAACAUCGGAAGAAUAUGAUGACUUACUUAAACGUGAAAAAACUCGAAUUGAAAAUAAAUGCAAAAUCCAUUGUUGUUAA